CAGAGAUGGCGGGCAUGAUGACAAGUCUUCUCCUUUUGCUGUUGGCCGGUGUGGCAGUGGGCAGAGUGGUAGAUCUGCAGAAGAGAAUCAUCGGAGGUAAAAAAUGUAAGGAUAAUGACCGCCGUUACCAUGUGAGGCUGACAGCAAAUAAUGGGAGUCAUGUGGCUACUUGUGGUGGAUCUCUGAUCAGUCAGAAUUGGAUUCUGACUGCAGCUCACUGUGUGGAGCCGGGUUGGACUGUGACAGCAGUUUUAAAUGAGCACCCAGAUCCAUCAAAAGCAGUGUCAGUCAAUGCAAGACCUUUUCGACUGGUAGACGAACAACACCUGACCCAUGACAUCAUGCUGCUGAAGCUAGAUACACCUGCAAUAAACUUUCCAACUGUAGAUCUUCCUGACUGUGGCAAACGUCCCAAACCGUGAGUUGUGAUCUUUAAUAAAUCUGAACUUCAACUUUUGAAAAACU